AUGCGUUUCGCUCCUCUUGUUGCCGUCACUCUCUUGGCGCUUGGCGAAGGGGGGCUUUGCGAUGAUCGCCAAGAAAGCCAGUUGAAGAUCUUUGGUGGCAGCAUCGCCGGCCGCGCCGCAGCUCUUGUGAGGCCUGAUGUCCAAAAGCCCAGUGUAACAAAGAGGCAGAUCAGCUUCUCGGGUGGCGGCAUCAACAUCGGCGGGCCGGGUGGUUUGCAGCUCGGCGGUGGUGGGAAAGGCAAAGGCGGCGGCCAAGGUCAAGAAGCUGGAGCUGCAGCCAACCAGACGGCCAACGGAGGCAAGGGCAACGGCGGUCUAUCAGUCGGAGGCAUCCAGCUUGGUGGUAAUAAGCCUCCUGGAGGAACCGGCAACAGUGCUCUCGACGCCUUCUUGAACCAGGCGAACCAGGGCAAGAAGAACGGUACUGCCAACGCCGGGAAAGGAGCGGGAGCGGCAGCCGGAGGCGCCGAGGGAGCCGGCAAGAAAGGCAAGGGAGAAGGUGGACCGGGAGCCAAUCCGGGCGAAGCUGCGAAAGCUGAGCAGGGCCUUGGAUCAAACCCAGGCCAGGCCGCGAAGGACAAGGAGGCUGCGAAGGAGGCUGCACGGAAGGGCAAGGGAAAUGGUGCGGGAACUGAGGCCGCGAAACCCGCCGGCGAGGGCCAAGUUAUUCAACCUGGACAAGCUGGAGAGGCGGCGAAACCUGCUGGCGAAGGACAAGCUGCUCAACCCGGACAGGCCGGCGAGGCAGCUAAGCCUGCUGGGGAGGGCAAAGCCGAGGCAGGUCAGCCGAAAGCGGUUCAAGAGUCUGAGCAGUUCAAGGACAACGCCGGCAUCACUGUCGGAGCUGACGGCCAGGUUCAGAACGUUGGCGGAAAUCUUGGUAUCACCAAGGGUAGUGAUGGUAGCACUUCUGUUGGCGGCAAAUCUGGUAUCAAUAUCAGUCCCGGUGGCGCGCAAAGACAAGGAAAGGGCAAGCGUAAUGGCGGACAACAACAAGCUGCCCCUGCGCCUCCCGCCGAAGGUCAGCCAGCCACUCCGCCCCCAGCUGCGGAGCCGCAAGGUGCUCAGCCGGCAGCCCCGGCUCCGGCUCCCGAAGCGGCCCCACCGGCGGCCCCGGCCCCGGCCCCGGAGGCUUGA